UAAUAAACUUGUGUUUUCCGGCAUUAAAGCAUUUAAAUGCAUGGUUCAUGUUUGAUUGCCAAGUUGCUGACCCUGCCACGUUCCACAGCAUUGGUUUCCUCCCGUUUGCUGCAGGGUUCUUGUUACAACGGAACAUCUGUGUGCCGUAUGGCGUCGCCGGCCGAAAUUGCUAAGAAGACAACGAACAUUUCGUCAGAGAUAAUAGCACAGCUUGGUAAGCCGCCUAAGAUGCGUGAGAAUCCUGCAAUCAAGAAAGUGGACAGCGAUGAGUUUCAUAGCAUAUUCACACCAGAGCUGGAAGCUCUUGUGGCUAUGUUCAAGAAAUAUGACUACGAACUGCGUAUUGCAGGCGGCGCCGUCCGGGACAUAUUAAUGAAUAUAAAGCCGAAGGACAUUGACUUCGCGACAACUGCCACUCCAGAGCAGAUGAAGGAGAUGUUCGGCAAGGAGGAGGUGCGACUGAUCAAUGCCAAAGGCGAAAAGCAUGGCACAAUCACGCCACGCAUCCACAACAAAGAGAAUUUCGAGGUUACCACGCUGCGUAUUGAUGUGCGUACAGAUGGACGUCAUGCGGACGUUGUCUUUACCACCGACUGGCAACUGGAUGCCAAUCGUCGGGACUUGACCAUCAAUUCCAUGUUCCUCGGCUUCGAUGGGACAGUAUACGAUUACUUCUACGGCUACGAGGAUUUGGAGCAACGUCGCGUCGUUUUCGUGGGCGAUGCCGAUGUGCGCAUCAAGGAGGAUUACUUACGCAUUCUUCGAUACUUUCGAUUCUAUGGUCGCAUCGCUGAGAGACCGGACUGCCAUGACAAGGCAACGCUGGCAGCUAUCAAGGCCAAUUCCGAAGGUCUGGCCCGGAUCAGUGGAGAACGCAUUUGGGCAGAGCUGCAGAAGAUUGUAGUUGGCAACUUUAAUCGCGAGCUGAUACUAGAAAUGAACAAUUGCGAGCUGCUGCAACAAUGCGGCCUGCCCAUUCAUCCGCAUCUUGAAGAAUUUGAGCGACUGUGCGUCGAUCUCAAGCGGUUCCAUGAGCCACAUUACCCAAUCUUAUAUUUGAUUGGGCUGCUACAUAGCAGCGAGCAGGCAAUGAAACUGCACGAACGCCUGAAGCUGAGCGCAUAUGAGCGGGAUCUUGCUUUGUUCAUCACUCAGCAGCGGGAGAGAGUGAACUCCGAAUAUGUUUGUCUACGGGACUAUCAGAAAUUGUGCCUUCAGCCCUAUGCUAAACGGGAUUACGUUGAGCAGUUACUGAAAUACGCCAACAAAUUGGAGCUCUAUGAGCAGUUGAAGGAGUGGCAGAUGCCUAGCUUACCCGUAAAUGGCCACACAUUGAAGCCGUACGGCCUGGCGGGUAAACAAGUGGGCGUGGUUCUAAAUGAACUGCGUCUGCUCUGGGCGGACAGCGACUUUACAUUAAGUGCCGAGCAACUACUGGAGAAAAUGCCCGCCAUACUGGAACAGUUACCGUCGCCCAAUAAAAAGCAACGCACGGAGUGAAAAUUCAG